AAGCCUUCUGUCAUUCGCUCGUUGUCACUCGACACCAUGUGGAACAACGGGGCGAUGAGCGGCCAAGUUUACCCGCCGCCGCCGCCGGCGAUGGUGCCGCAGCCGCAGCCGCACGGGCAGGUGGCGGCUAACAACUGGGCGGGUAACGACGCCAACACGCUGCUGGUGGUGGCGACGCUGAUCACCACGCUCACGUACCAGCUCGGGUGCAGCGUCCCCGGCGGGUACUGGCAGGACACGCUGGCGGCGGACGGCAAGCAGAAGCCGCACGAGGCCGGAGACCCCAUCAUGCGCGACAAGCACCCGCAAAGGUACUGGGUGUUCAUGGCGGCGAGCUGGAUGGGGUUCCUGGCGUCCAUGAUGAUGACGCUGAGCCUACUGGUGCGCCUGCCGGUGGACUCGCGGCAGGUCCGGUGGUCCUUCGCCGUCGCCUACUCCAGCCUGGUGCUCACCUUCAUCGUGUCGCAGGCCAAGACGCACAUCUCAAUCGACAUCGUCAUCUGGUUGGUCACCGUCGUCUUCCUGUGGCUCAUGAUCAGCGUCCGCCCUGACCACCGGGAGCGUAUCCUCCGUUUCUUCUGCUGCAACCGCGAGAAGUGACGCCCCAAGCUUAGCGUUCUCAUGUCUUUGUCGAUUAUAAACUGCUGUGAGUUCAGAACUUUUUCGUCGUCUAAGAAGUUCAGAAGUUGUAACUUUGUUUAGACUCGGAGUAAUAACAAAAGGGGGACGCCUAGACGUCACUUAUAUU